GAUAAAUAUGUGUCGAAAACAAUUCCAAUUGAUUCUGCAAAAAUAUAUUAAUAAUUCAAGUAUUCACCUGACACUCAAUUAUUUAAUAUUGAGUGUAUUUUAUAUCAAACUAUCAAGAUGUUUGAUUUUUGCAACUAUUCUGUUGUUUAUGCUGAUUUGUUCAGCAAAUGGCAAAUUUCUCCAUGCAACAGAAGUAGGAAAAAAAUCAAUGGAAAAUGCUUUUGAAAAUCCAAACGAAAUAAUACAGAGUUCAGUCAGCAUAGUAACUUUGGAAAAAGCCGAUGAAAAACCGAUUUCUAAUGGAGAGAAGAUAAAAAUGAGUUACAAAACUGAAGGAAUCAAAAGUAAUAUAGACGAAAUAGCAAACGAUGAGAUGAAAUUAGAAGUAGAUCGAUACAGUACAGAAACUUACAUUAAAACUUGGCAAAAGUAUGGUAAAAAUAUUCCAAAUAAUAUCCAUGAAUCAAAACAAAGUUCGACUAUAAGUGUGAUUGACUUUGUAAAGCCUACAAUAAAAAAACACGAAGAAAUAGAAAUUAUUGAGCCUUGUGUACUAGGCGAUGCAAAUAAUUACUUGUCGUGGUGGCUUCAUAAAAAUGGUUCCCUCGUGAAUCAAGGCAUUUCUUCGUAUGGAUUUCAUAUUGAUUUGUCAUCAACACGAGUCAAUGGUUCUCUAGAGGUUAUAAUGAUGAAUGAAAUGAUGAACAAAGCGCAGAAUGAUAUUGUCUUUCUUAGCAUGGCUAAGAUGAAUUUGCAAAAGGUUCCAUUAGAAGCGUUGCUCGUAGUUAGAACAAGUGUUCACUAUUUAUCUUUAUACGGCAAUAAUUUUUUUAUUGCUCCAGUUUUAUAUGGAAGCUUUCAAGAAUUUGACUGGGCCCGCUUCCCUGAAUUGAGUAAUUUGGAAGAACUUGAUCUACGAAACUGUGCAAUAAAUUACAUCGCCCAAGGCCUAUUUGAAGAUAUGCCUAAAUUAAAAAAAUUAUAUCUUGCCCACAAUCGUCUUUCCGAAAUAUCAUCUGAUUUAUUUAAAUACACACCAAGUUUAGUGCAUUUAGAUAUUAGUUACAAUGAUGUUAUUACGAAGGAUCUCCAGGAUUAUCAAAAGAUCCAUAUGAACGGUUUGUAG